AUGACAGUACUUCGAUCCCGCGAAAUACUUCCAACUAAACCCAAAACCGAACCGGUAAAAAAUGGAGUCAACAUAGAGCCCGCUACUCCCUCCCAGACCCGCGAGGCGGCAGCUACUCAUGGGCCGGAUUCUGGUUCCAUUUGCAGACGUAGUGCUCGGCUCACUUCAAAAUCAUCAGUUUCUUGUUGCGCUGAUCAGAUUUCGGAGCAAUGUUCGGUGAAAAGGAAGAGAAAAUUGGGUGUGAAUGAGGGUUUAUUGAGUUCGGAGAGUGGGCAAAGUGGCGGGUGUUUGAAUUUACGGUCAGGGAAGAAAGUUUUGAAGAGGAUAGGGGAAGAAAAUGUGAGUGGUGAGUGGGUUAAUGCAAGGGAAAUGAAAGGGAAAAGUAGGGGGAAAUUAGAUUUUGAAGUUGAGCAUGAAAAGAAGGGAAAGAUAAUAGAAAAUGAAGAGGGUGUUGAUAUGGAGAACUUCAAGACUGAGAGGAUCCAAAGCCGUAGUGCAAAUUGUACGAGGAGGUUUAGUAGAGAAGAGAAAGGGAAGGCGAAACUGGUUGUUGAGGACUCUGUAUUGAAAGGAAGUGACGAUGUUGAAGUGGAUUUGGAAGAUGAAGUUAAGAGCUCAGCUGAUAUUUCGGGAGAGAAUGUAGUUGGAAAGAGUGGUGUGAGGGUGAGUGAAUCAAGUAUGGAACAAAAGAGAGGUGUGAGGGUGAGCGAAUCAAGAAUGGAACAAUUUCGAGACAUAGCAAGGCAGAAUGCGUCUAGAUUUGCAUUUUUCUCUUCUGAAGAGCAAGAGCAGGAGCAGGAUCAAGUGUCUCUUGAGAAUGAAAGGGAGAUUGAAGAUUGGCCCGGUCCCUUCUCUACUGCUAUGAAGAUUAUUAGGGACCGAGAUGAUAAGUUGAAAAGGAAACAUGGGUCCAGCUCUUUAGAGAAUAAAAAACCUACAGCAAUAACGUGGAUUCCCAAGACUGGUCAGGGUCGUUCAAAAUUGAGGAUUCCAUCAUUGAAAGAAUUAUGUUUGAAAAUUCUUGUACAGAAUGCUGAUGCAAUGACUUCACUUGAAAAUGUCCCGGAUGCACUGAGGCACAAGCUUACUGUGAUGCUUUGCAAUUCUCGGAGGAUGAAUAGUCAUUUUCUUGACCUCCUUGUCACUGGAUCCCCUACAGAGAUACUUCUGUGUGAAUGUUCGUGGCUAACAGAGGAACAGUUCGCCGAAUCUUUUCAGGAUUGUGACACCAGCAACUUGACGGUAUGA